AUGGCAGAAAAUUGCACCGAAAACACAUCAAGUACACAGGGAACAAUUAGUGAAAGUCAACAAUGGGUUAUCGAAAUCCUAACAACAAACCCGGAUGUGUUGGAUAAUUUCCCAGAUGCAUCCAUUGACGAAUUCGAAGAAAUCCAGUUGGAACACAGGACAUCAGUAACAACGACCGUCAGUUCGCCAAUUUUCGGAGGAUUAUUAAAACGGAACCAUGGGAGAGAAAAUAUCAUAUGGGACAUGAUAGGAUGGGGACUAAUGAAACAUGGUAAGUCACCCGAUGAAAAAUGUUUAACACACAAUGGCGUUAACAAACCAAUAACACUCGAAGCAUGCGAUCCUAAUUGGAUCAUAUGUCAAACAAGCCUACAAAAAUUAUUAACAAGUAAUGACCCCUCGGUGCAAUCACAAACAACAGUGGCUAACUGUAGCGAAGCCUCCAGCAAGGGCCAAGCCUUCGAAUAUUCCUCCGACUUCACGAUAAGACCAUUUAACACAAACAACUGCAUUAAAGCGAACACAACGAUGCUCAUCCUGCACGAAUGCUCAGAUAAAAGUUCCAUCUGGGGAACAUUCGAUCACACAGGACAAUUAAUGGCCAGUGAUAGAACAGGACUUCAUUCAGGCGCUUCGGACCGGAAAUUCAUACCUUCCAUUGCAGCCACAGUAACAACAAGUGCGAAGACAGAAACAACAACAACAACGAUUAGGCCGACCACAACCACAAUAAAACCGACAACAACAUUCAAAACAACAACAACAAAAUCAACCACUACCACAAAAAAGCCGACCACAACCACAAAAAAACCGACCACAACUACAAAAAAACCGACAACAACCACACAGAAACAGACCACUACCACACAAAAACCGACCACCAUCAUUCAAAAACCAAAAGCAGAGAAAUUACCAACAAUAACAUCAACAACCGCAUCAACAACAUUAACUAGUACAUCACUCAAAACGACUAUCACGACACAGUCAUCUACAACUACAGAAAAAGUUAACACAGAAACCACAACGACGGACACAAUAAAACCAAAAUCUAACCAAGUUGAAAUUAUUUCGUCCACCGAGCCAACUAUAAGCCUGAAAUAUCUUACACCAAGUCAAAUAAGAGAACAGCCAAGUGAAACAACAACCACUGGAAUAACAAAAUCAAAGGAUAACGAAGAAAAAGAUAUAGAAAAAAUUGAGAGACAACGCAAUACAACCCAAGAUAAGUCAGAAUUUCAAGACAAAAAUUCAAAUGAUCAAUUUAAGGCUUCAAGACAACAAAAAGAAAAUACAGCACACGAAAUUGUAGUGGAUGACUAUCGACCGCUAAAUGACGCUAAUACAAGUAACGGUCUACCAAAAUCCACUGAGGAGCUAAGUGACUUGAUAAAAUACGAGCUUGGAAAGAUGCACGAGCAAUACAAAAUCAGUAUUGAAACUGAACACGACAAUAAAUUGGCAAAAGAAAUUCGGGAUGUGUACUGUCAGUUAUCAAAGAUAAAACGAACGCAAGCCAUAAUCUUAGCCCAAACAAAUGGAUUGCUUGCAGCCGCCGCACUCGGACUUCCAAUGUGUACAAGGAUAUAUGGUUUUGGUCAAGCCAUGACAUUGCAACAAUGCGACCCAAAAAGGAUAUCACUAACAGCAAAAGAGACCAAGUGUGGGUUCCAGCCAUUUUUCGUUUACGGAAAAAACAACUGUACGAUAGGACUCGACGGAUGGUCUAUUCACCCGUAUUCGGAGUGUUUUUGGAAAUCACAAUUGAUAAACAUCAACGGAUAUCCUCAUACGUGGCAACAUAACGCAACAGCAGGAGACUGGAUUAAACAAGAGGCGACCAUACACACCUCAAAUCUGGAUUUAAUUGCAGAAUUCGAAGAACUGCACUUAAACAGUUUCGACUAUGGAUUAAGGAACCACCCAGCUCAUGGAACAAUGGAAAUGGAACAGCUGAACAUCCUAAAUGACCUGGUGGGACGAAUUAAUGAAGGCGAAGGCAAAGAGUUACCUGACAUCCUAGUAACAGAAGAACAGGACAAUCAAAUCGGAAACAUGUUUUCCUGGAAAGCUUCAGACGACGCAAGCAAUCACGUAACGUAA